AUGUUUUCUACUGAUAUAUUAGUACUAACAUUUCUAUGUUUCUUAGCUAGUCUAAUUGCUCUUGGGUAUUUCAUGCUAUAUUCUGAUGGAGAAACGAACAUUAUGAAACGUAGAAAACGUACCAUAUCUAUGAGUAAACCGUUGGAUAACAAAAGUGCAAGACGUGAAAUUGCCCGUUUUUAUAGCUUCGACAAGCAAGCUCAUCAUAAAAUGAGUUCAUUUCCAAGUGAAUUUGGUGUUGGUUAUGGUGCUGAUCAAUCAAAAAGAGGUUCUGUUGGAAACACAAGUUUAAAAGUAAUAAAAAAAACCUUCAUACCUCAUCACAAACAGCAAAGACGUAGUCUGCAACCAGUAUCAUUCCAUCAUUCAUAUGAAAAUGAUCAUAGCCCACCCAGUCAAAGAAACCAAGGGAUUAGAUUUAUUUGUGGUUUACAAACUCCGCCUAUAAGCAUAACUAAGCCUAAAACAGUACAACCAGACUAUAGGCUAUUUACACAAAAGCAGGGAUUAACUCGAGCCUUCUCUGAAAGUUGCGCAACAAUGCUUGUCAAUCCUAACAACGAUACAAUUCAUGUUAAUAGUGAGACCAGUGAUGACAAAAAGUUUAGCUUAUCCAGCAAUGAGACAAAAAGAUGUAUUCGUUUACCGAAAUUAAGUGAGCCAAACCUAGACAGACAUUUUCAUCUAUGGCUCAGUUGUUCAAAAUUCAACACGCCAAUAUUUCACGUGGAUAAAUCUGCUACAUCUUCACAUGAAUCUGUGUGGUUUGAAGCUAAACGUCGUUUAAGUAGUACAGAGGUGUUUGAUCCUGUUAUGCGCAUUCUGUCCACAGUACCAUUAAGAAAUCAAACAGAUGUAGACACAUCAUGGACAAACUUCACAAUGAAUCCAGACACAAAUGGACAUAUAUGCUUUUCAUUAGUUUACACGUGUACAUUGAGUACGCUGAAUGUUACAAUUAACCGGUUGAUUGGUGUUAGUAAUCUCAUUAAAAGUUCAAAUGCCCUACCCAGUCAAACUUCAGCAAAUUUUGUUGUUAGUCUACGUUUACGACAUAGCAGGAAGCCUUCAGUAUAUAAAAGUGAAGGGGAGGGAGAAGGAAGAAAAACAGAUUCAGAAGCGGAAAGCGAUGGUUUUCAUAAAAAGUAUUUCACUCAACCAGUUUCAACUUCAUUAAAUCCAAAUUUUGACCAGUCAUUUGUGUUUCAAAUAACUUUGAAUGAAUUGAAGAAUGCUGAACUGGUUUUAACAGUGUUACAAUCAACAACAAUGAACACUCCUAUGGAUGAAGGUGUAAGAGUAGGAGACAGUAUACAAAGACGAAAUAAUUCUGUGACUUCCUAUCAUUGUCCACAUGUUCAUGAUGUUGGCAAAUGUUCACGUAGAGUGAAUAUAGUCUCUGAAGAGAUGAGAUGUAUUGGUGUGACAUUUUAUCGAUUAAAUCAACAUGAACUGAUAAACUGUCCAGAAAGAAUGCAAAAUAUCUGGCAAGAAUUACGUAAACUGCCUGAGUUACAAGACACGCAGCUUGAAACGAACAAGGCAAAUACUAAUAAUAAGGCAUCAACAGCUUCCAUUAAUAGUCCUUUAGACUAUGAAACUUGGGCUUUCAUCUCAGAAAAUGAAGAGCACAGUGUGAAUAAAAUGGAGAAUGAAAAACUUUGGGCAAGUGGUAUUUCAGAUGUUCCUCAAAGAGAACCUGUUAACAAGUCGAUGGCAAAAAUAUCCAUUUUAUACAAAAGAGAAUCAUCUAUCCUUGAAAUAUGCGUGGAAGAGUUUACACAUUUGAAGAUUUACAAAAAUGAGACUGAAAUGAUGUUUCAAGCACUGUUCUGUCUCGGAAAUACAACUUUAUCGGUUGUAAAGGGUAGACCAUUCAAAAUACCAAAGCCAAGGAGUGAUGAAGCUAACGUAGAUGAGAAACAGAAAUUCAACGUAUAUGACCAGAUUUCAAUUCCUAAUACUGAGCAUGUAUCAUUGAAUGUGGAUAUGAAUCGAUUACUUAACUAUACUAAUGUUGGAGUCCUUUUGCAGGUAUUUGUUCGCACAGACUUUUCACACCAGCCACGACGUUUGGCAAAUAUUUCAGUUGGUGAAACCAAAGUUACUCAUGAUUUGUCUCUACUUCAAUGGAAUGAUUUGAUCAAGGAAUUAAAACGAUUGAAAAAUGAUAACCUAUUCACUGCAACAAAGAAGAUAACUUAUUGGCAUUCAAUCGAUGCAGUAUAAUCUGUUCACUGCAGGCUGAUGUCUGGUAGGAAAACACAUGAGAGUUGUAUGACAGUGUCCAAACGAAAGUAAGCAGAGAAUAAAGAAAGCAUUUGUGUAUUCGAAUAAUCAAAAAUAUACCCCGUGACCUCUAGAUAUUUAC